AUGCAGAACCGCGGGCCCGCCUCCGUGCUGCUGCUGUUGCUGCCGCUGCCCCUGCUUCUGGCGCUGCUGCCGGGGGCCGCCACCGCUGCUCCCUUGGCGCCAAGACCUUCCAAGGAAGAGCUGACCCGCUGUCUGGCAGAAGUGGUCACAGAAGUGCUGACGCUGGGCCAGGCCCAGAGAAGCCCCUGCACAGCUCUCCUCCACAAAGAGAUGUGUGAGACAGAGCCCUACGGCUGUGUGUCCACCAAAGAGAAAGGCCUACUGGUUGGGGAUUUCAAGAAGCAAGAGGCUGGGAAGAUGAGGUCCAGCCAGGAAGCGAGGGAUGAGGAAGAGGCAGCCGAGAGGGCCCACAAGUCUGAGGUGCGGGAACAGACCAUCCGCGAGCAGCUCCAUAGCCGGCUCCACCAGGAGGAGGAGGAGGAGGAGCAGGAGCGGGAGGAGGAGGAGGAGGAGAGGAAGAAGAGGGGGCCCGUGGAACCCUUCGAAGGCCCGUGGAAGCGGCGCCCAGAGGGUGGAGGGGGGCCCCACAAGCGAGUGGCAGAGCAGGCCAGUGACGAGGAGACAGCCCAGUUUGAGGCCGAGGAGAAGGGUGUGCAGGUGCUGGGCACGGGCCACGGCCUGUGGCAGGAGGCCGAGGCAGGUGGAGGAGAAAGGCACGAGGACUCGCCGCAUCACCACCGCCUCCGCCAGCCAGAAGCCGGGCCCAAGCAGGAGGAGAAGGAAGAGGCUUCCGAGAGGGAGGAGCAUGACACGGUGCGGCUGGAGCACGUGCGAGAUGAGCUAAAGAAGGCAACGGAGCUUCUCCGGGAGGAGAUCAGGAGGGAGGGAUGA